UCUGACGCUUCCGGACAUCAUGGCGUUCUGACAUCAUGGCGGCUGUAGAGCAAACACGAGGAUUACGCGAAGGAAGUGUGUUUUAGCCUUAAAAAAGCUCUCACAAAUGUUAAUGUAGAGUGUUUUUGAUUUAAAAUAAUCUAAAAUGAGCGACUUGUCGUCCGUGGGUCUGUCGGACUGGCUGGUGAAACAAUGUAAACAUCUGGGGCUCAACAAACCCACUGCGGUCCAGGAGAACUGCAUCCCUCCCAUCCUGGAAGGGCGCGACUGCAUGGGCUGCGCCAAGACAGGAAGUGGGAAAACGGCGGCCUUCGUGUUGCCGGUGCUGCAGAAACUGUCGGAGGAGCCAUAUGGCAUCUUCUGCCUGGUUCUCACUCCUACCAGGGAGCUGGCCUAUCAGAUUGCGGAGCAGUUCAGAGUCCUGGGAAAACCUCUGGGUCUGAGAGACUGCAUCGUCGUCGGAGGAAUGGACAUGGUGAGCCAGGCGCUGGCGCUGUCCAACCAGCCUCACGUCGUCGUGGCCACGCCGGGUCGGCUGGCCGACCACAUCCGCAGCUCCAACACCUUCAACAUGAGGAAGAUCAAGUUCUUGAUUUUGGACGAAGCGGACCGGCUGCUGGAGCAGGGCUGCACCGACUUCACCAAAGACCUGGAGGUGAUCCUGAGCGUCUUACCGGCCAAACGCCAGACGCUGCUGUUCAGCGCCACGCUGACCGACACCCUGCAGGAGCUGAAGAGCAUCGCCAUGAAUAAGCCGUUCUUCUGGGAGAGCACGUCCGAGACGCGGACGGUGGAGGAGCUGGACCAGAGGUACAUCCUGACUCCAGACAAGGUGAAGGACGCGUACCUGGUCCACCUGAUCCAGACGUUCACAGACCAGCAUGACGACUGGUCCAUCAUCAUCUUCACCAACACCUGCAAGAGCUGCCAGAUUCUGACCAUGAUGCUGCAGGCGUUCAACUUUCCUACAAUCUGUCUGCACUCCAUGAUGAAACAGAAACAACGAUUCGCCAACCUGGCCAAGUUCAAGGCCAGCGUCUAUAAAAUCCUGAUUGCAACGGAUGUGGCUUCCAGGGGUUUGGAUAUUCCAACAGUCCAGGUUGUCAUCAACCACAACACCCCAGGACUUCCCAAGAUCUACAUCCACAGAGUCGGGAGAACAGCGAGAGCAGGGAGGAACGGCGUGUCAAUCACACUGGUGACGCAGUACGACAUCCAUCUGGUGCAUUCGAUCGAGGAGCAGACCAAGACGAAGCUGAAGGAAUAUCCCAUGGAGGAGAAAGAAGUCCUGAAGAUCCUCACACAAGUCAAUGUGACUCGGCGAGAGUGUGAAAUUAGGCUGGAGUCGACGGACUUUGACGAGAAAAAGGAGAUUAACAAGCGGAAACAGCUGAUCCUGGAGGGGAAGGACCCGGACCUGGAGGCCAAGAGGAAAGCCGAGCUGCAGAAGAUCCGGAGCCAGAAGAAGAAAUUCAAGCAGAAGAUCCAGGAGAGCAUUCAGAGGCAGAAACACGGACAGCUGAAGAAGAGAAAAUGUAACAAAAAGGCAGAGCUGACCGCAUUGUAA